CUUCUCAAAGCAGCGGGUAGUCGACUCAGGAGGUAGGAGACGAGGGCGGUGAGAUCCGCGGGCGGGCGGGCACGCUUUCCUAGACGAGACGACGAUAGGAAGGAAGGAGACUGCUGCCACGGAUAUCUCGCCUCUCCCCUUCCCCUCGCUCCAGAUCUCUCCGCGCCGCGCAGAUCCGAACCCCCAGCAGCCAUGAUCUCCUCCAGCAAGCUCAAGUCCGUCGACUUCUACAGGAAAAUCCCCAGGGAUUUGACAGAGGCAUCACUAUCUGGGGCUGGCUUAUCCAUUGUUGCAGCACUAGCAAUGGUGUUUCUGUUUGGAAUGGAGUUGAGUACUUACUUAGCUGUCAAUACCACCACAUCUGUAAUUGUUGAUAGGAGUUCAGAUGGGGAUUUCUUACGGAUUGAUUUUAACAUGAGCUUUCCUGCGCUUUCAUGUGAAUUUGCAUCAGUUGACGUCAGUGAUGUGCUGGGAACAAAUAGAUUAAACAUAACGAAAACUGUCCGCAAGUAUUCAAUUGAUCGAAAUUUAGUACCAACUGGAUCUGAGUUCCACUCAGGACCUAUACCCACUGUCAGCAAGCAUGGAGAUGAUGUUGAAGAGUACCAUGGUGAUGGUGCAGUUGCCUUGUCCUCUCACAAUUUUGAUAGCUAUUCGCACCAGUAUCCCAUUUUGGUAGUCAACUUUUAUGCCCCCUGGUGUUACUGGAGCAAUCGAUUGAAACCUUCAUGGGAAAAGACUGCGAAUAUAAUAAGAGAGAGAUAUGACCCUGAAAUGGAUGGUAGAAUUCUUCUCGGCAACGUUGACUGCACCAAGGAACUUGAACUGUGUAAGAGGCACCAUAUACAAGGUUACCCAUCAAUUCGCAUUUUCCGCAAAGGGAGUGAUAUGAAAGAAACCCAGGGUCAUCAUGAUCAUGAUUCGUAUUAUGGGGAGCGUGAUACUGAAAGUUUAGUCGCGGCAAUGGAAACUUAUGUUGCAAACAUUCCAAAAGAUGCCCAUGUGCUUGCUUUGGAAGACAAAUCCAACAAGACUGUUGAUCCUGCAAAGCGUCCUGCUCCAAUGACUAGCGGAUGCAGAAUAGAAGGUUUCGUGAGGGUAAAAAAGGUUCCUGGGAGUGUUGUAAUAUCAGCUCGAUCUGGUUCACACUCAUUUGAUCCAUCUCAGAUAAAUGUUUCCCACUACGUGACACAGUUCUCAUUUGGCAAAAUGCUCUCACCAAAGAUGUUUAGUGAACUGAAAAGACUACUUCCCUAUGUUGGCGGACACCAUGAUAGAUUAGCUGGUCAGUCUUACAUUGUUAAGCACGGUGAUAUCAAUGCAAAUGUUACUAUUGAGCAUUACCUACAAAUCGUAAAGACAGAGCUGGUUACACUGAGAUCCUCGAAGGAGUUGAAAGUGCUUGAAGAAUAUGAAUACACAGCACACAGCAGCUUGGUGCACAGCUUCUAUGUUCCUGUGGUGAAAUUCCAUUUUGAGCCUUCUCCCAUGCAGGUCCUGGUGACUGAACUUCCCAAAUCCUUCUCCCACUUCCUCACAAAUGUCUGUGCUAUUAUUGGUGGAGUUUUCACGGUCGCUGGAAUACUUGACUCCAUCUUGCACAACACCCUACGGUUCGUGAAGAAGAUUGAGCUAGGAAAGGACAUUUGAACAAGAAUGGUAGAUGUUCAGAAGUGCUCGAUUCCUCGUUGUUGCACUAGCUAGUCACAUUUUAGUUAUACUUGUUAGCAAUUCUUAAUGUACAACUAAUAUAUACAGAGGGAGGGGAGUUGACAGAAAGAUGGCGUCAUGUUAUAACUGGGUACCUAACUGUUUUGCCGAGUAACUUACAGGAAUAAUGAGAAGCCAAAUCCUUGCAGAUGCA